AUGGCAUCAGACGACGAACGCUCACGAUCCGCCUCGCCAGCCCGCGAACCCAAACCAAAGAAAUCCAAAACCAGCGGCGGCUUUCGCUGGAAGGAAAAGCGACCCCGCGAUGAAGAACCAGAUUCUCGCAGCAGCGGGCGAUUAGAGAGGGGAUAUCGAGACCGCUCGCCAAAGCGAGACUCGUACAGAGACAGCAGAGAUGAGAGACGAGAGGACGAGAGGCCACGACGGAGAGAUAACGACGACCGCGAUCGCGACGAAGACCGCCCUGCACGACGACGAGACGCAGGCGACAGCUACCGUCCCGGCAACAACACCACCACCACCUCCUCCCGCGACGAAGAAAUCAAGCGCAAAUUCGGCGAUACACCCACCUCAACCUCAACCAAAGACGCCCCCACCACAGACCCCAAACCCGCCAAAAAGGACAAAAAGUCCAAACCCCCCAAACAAAUCACCACCAACGAGCCCAUGAUCAUCGUCAACGUCAACGACCGCCUGGGCACCAAAGCCGCGAUCCCGUGCUUGGCGAGCGACAGCGUGAAGGCUUUCAAGGCCAUGGUGGCCGCGCAUAUCGGGCGGCAGCCGCAUGAGAUUAUGAUUAAGAGGCAGGGGGAGCGGCCGUUUAAGGAUGUGUUGAGUCUGGAGGAUUACGGGGUUAGUAGUGGGGUGCAGUUGGAUUUGGAGCUGGAUACGGGGGAUUAA